GUAGCUUGAGAAAAUGGAAUCCAACUCUCUGGGUGGUCUACAAUAAACAAAUAUAUACCUCUCUUACGAUCUUACGAAAUUGCACUCUUAUCCUUACAUGGGAUAUAGAAAAAUAUGCCUCACAAAUGGGAGAAUUUGCAGAAGUUCUUGAACAGAAAAACAAGAAAGACGAUCCAAAACUAUUAAAACAAAUCUGUCUUGUUGACGUUGAAACUGCACUAGACCCACGAUGGGGAUCGGGUGAGGAGGUCAAGGAAAAGAAAGAUUAUAUUGGAGCAAUUAAGAUUAAAAUUACUGCAGAAAAGGAUUUCUUUUCCAGUUUUCUUAAACUGCCAGGAUGCGUACCAAUUGAUAUCCGAGUGUGUCUCAAAAAACGUUACCCCCAUUCUGAAGUUGAAAAGGAAGGGUCGCUUAAAUUCUUCUUAAAAAAGUGUGGUCUCAACACUAAAGCUGACAUGCUAUAUGAUGAAAUGUGGAGAAUCUAUUCAGAGGCAAAAAAGACACCUCUCCUUUAUCUGCAAGAAAAAUGUGAGAAAGAAGUCGCUUCCAUAGCUCAUGUAUCUUUAUUCGACUCACAUUAUCGUGCAAAUGGAAUGAAGGUACGAAACCUUCUGAGCGCUUAUACUUUUAAACGUGAUAUGGUAUUUAGCUCAAGAGUAUGCGAAAAUAUAGAAAAAGAAAAAUAUCCUGGUGCGUACGUUUUUCCACCUGAAAAGGAGAUUGAAACGAGAAGACCUGUAACAGGAUUAGACUUUGCCUCAUUAUAUCCCA